AUGUUGGCAACAAAGGAUGCGAGCAUGUUGAACGAGCUGAACAACAUCGGGGAAUCAGCCCUGCACGAGGCCUGCCUCAACAAACUGCCUGAUAAUGUCAACAUGCUUCUCCAGAUGGGUGCAAAUAGUUCAUUGUCUGCCUCAUACAGAUACCCUGUCCACUGUGCCAUGCAAGUUGACUGUAUCAGUUGCGUGGAGGUGCUGCAUGAAUAUGACAAUGACGUCCUGAAACUGGCUGAGAAGAUUUACGGCAACACUGCCAUGCACUGCUUAAAAAGCAAGCAGAUGUUUGAGUUUUUGCGAUCGAAAAAUUGCUGCCUGGACGAGAAGAAUAAGGUCGGUGACACUCCCAUCAUGACUAAAAUCAAGGAAGGUAGUGGAUUGACUCCUUGGCUGAUGCGUCCGUUCAUUCCUUCGAAUCAUUCCAACUAUUCACCAUUUCAUCUUAAUUGUCAUUCAAUUCUCAUUGCGGUGUGA